AUGGCUUGCUUACCUACAGCCCGCAUCGCACAAUUUUGUCGUCCAUUUUCCUAUGUAGGGGUUGACUACUUUGGCCCACUUCUGGUCACGGUUAAAAGGAGCACCGAAAAGAGAUAUGGGGUAUUAUUCACCUGUCUGACAACCAGAGCGGUGCAUCUCAAAGUGGCAUAUUCGCUUUCUACAGACUCCUGCAUUUUGGCCGUACGUAAUUUUAUGGCGCGUAGAGGGAGCCCAUUGGAGAUAUGGAGUGACAACGGUACAAAUUUCAAAGGCGCUGAGAGGGAACUGAAAUCUGCGUUUACGCUCGUAGACCAAAAUCGAUUGACGAUAACCUUCACUUCGGCCGCAACCAACUGGCAUUUCAUACCACCCGCGUCUCCACACAUGGGCGGAGCAUGGGAGCGGCUAGUUCGCUCAGUCAAGGACGUCCUACAACAGAUAUUGACAUCUAACUGUCCAAAUGACGAGAUUCUUCGUGCUGCUUUAAUGGAGGUGGAGAUGACAGUUAACUCGCGACCGUUGACUUAUAUUCCUAUUGACCACGAAGAAGAAGAGGCACUAACACCCAACCACUUCCUAUUAGGCAGCUCCAAUGGUGUUAAGCCGAUUGCAGAACCAGUUACUGAGGGCGUCCUAAUGCGUCGUAACUGGCGAACAUCACAAAACCUUGCGGACGCAUUCUGGCGACGUUGGGUCACCGAAUAUUUGCCCAUUAGCACUAGGAGAACUAAAUGGUUCGAAGACGUAAAAGCAAUAAAAGUCGGAGAUAUUGCAUACAUAGUUGAUCCAAACAACCCAAGGAACUCUUGGCCCAAGGGUAAGGUAAUUGGCGCGCGAACGAGUGCCGACGGAAGGGUUCGAAGCGCUACUCUCCAGACAAUCUGUGGAAUCUAUGAAAGACCUGAUGCUAAAAUAGCCGUUCUAGAUCUGAAAAGCUCGGUACAUGCUAAUCGGCAGGAUAUACCAGGGGGGAGUGUUACGAACAGUCUGGCAGCACGGUCAGGAUAG